GGAACCCAGCCCCUGCCCUGUUCAGGGGUUGGUGCAUCCUGUGAAGCAGUCAGACUAGUCUUCCCUCCAUCCCGCCCCGGCUUGUUGACUGUUUUGGGGCACAGGGCUGUGUCCCAGGAAGGACUAACCCUUUUGGAAAGGAGUACUGUACUUCCAACCCUGAGGAAAUGAGUGCUCAAAUGUGGUAGGGCUGGACGUGAGGGACCUGAGGGCACAGAUCUUAAUUCCAGAGGAGGAAGGAAGAGCCUCUCCCCUUCAGGGUCAUCAGGACAGCCAUGACCGGCAGGGCCAGGAGUCGAGCCCGAGGCAGAGCACGCAGUCGAUCAGCUCCCGAACCUGCAGAGCCCCAGCCAUCUGAAGUAGCCAGAGCAUCUGAAGUAACCCAAGCACCUAUUGGGCUCCAAGCGCCUGAAGUACCAGGACCCGCCCCACCACCGAACUUUGCUGAUAUAGUGAGACGCAGCGCAGCAGCUCGAAAACCUGGUCAAAUCCAGCCUAGACUCCAGUUGCUGUCAGGGGUUAGCCAAGUGGCUGGAGCUGGCCCACGCCAAGUGGUUGAGGCUGGCCCACCAAUAGGAGCAGAAGGAACGUCUCAGCCUUCAGAGGAACUUCAGCUGGCAUCUAGAUUGCAGGAAUCCAGAUUGCAGGAAUCCUGGCUGAGAGAGAGGACAGAUGUUGGUAGAAAUUUUCGAGACUUUGUGGUGAAUACUCGGCAGAAAUUGGGCCAUGUUAGAGAGUCAACGAAAGGCAUACAAGGUAGGCCAGUAGAGCUAUUUUCGAACCAUGUCCAGCUGAGGUCUUGUUCCCAGAGGAAUUUAUACAAGUACAACGUCAUCUAUACACCAGGCAUAGAAGAUGGAAGAAAACGUGAAGCUUUACUCUCUGAACUUGAAAAGUUGUUGGGAAAGUGUCACAUAUAUGAUGGAAAUUAUUUAUUAUUACCUCACCCGCUGGGGGAAAUGAAAAAGGAGGCGGUCAGCAAGGUGAAUGACAAGCCUGUGAAGAUAACUUUCGAGCUCUCCAGGGAACUCCAGACCACUUCCCCAGAUUGCCUACGCUAUUACAACAUUCUCUUUAGAAAAAUAUUGGAGAAGAUUGGUUUGAAUCAAGUUGGUCGCAACUAUUACAAUAAAUAUAUGAAGACUGUGUUCAACCAGCAUAGGUUGGAAAUCUGGUGUGGCUAUGUUACUUCUGUUCUUCCAUAUGAAACUGGUCUUACCCUCUGCGCUGAUGUGAUCCACAAAGUGCUCCGAAUGGAAACUGCUUAUGAUUUAAUAUCACGCAUUCAUGAAAAAGCUGAGGGAAAAGAUGUCAAGGAGAAAAUUUUAAAAAAAUUAGUUGGGUCAUCUGUUCUUACAAAGUAUAACAACAAGACCUACAGGGUAGAUGAUAUCGCUUGGAAGAUGUCUCCCAGGUCUAAAUUUAUAAAAUCGGAUGGGAGUGAAAUCUCCUUUGUAGACUACUACAGGGAGCGGUAUGGUACGGUGGUCACUACCUUCAAUCAGCCACUUUUGAUCACCAAGGGCAAACGGAAGAAGAGCCUACAGGACACACUCCAUCAACCUAUAAUGCUGGUUCCUGAGCUAUGCCACCUCACAGGCUUAACGGAUGAUAUGCGUAAAGACUAUGGAAUGAUGAGAGACUUGUCCAACCACAUGAGGAUGAAUCCAAAAGAAAGGCAGUAUAAGUUGCUACAACUCAUAGAUGAUUUAAGAAGAAAUAAGACUGUGCAAAAAGAGCUUCAAGACUGGAAUUUGGAACUUAAGACCAAGUUCUUGGCCCUCUCUGGAAGAACUUUGCGAGAAGUGAGAAUUCACCAAGGAAGACGAAUGUUUGACAACCAUAACGCAGAUUGGUCAAAAAUUACAAGGGAUGUACCCUUACUUAGAGCGAUUUCACUGGAUCAUUGGCUAAUAAUCUAUACUAAGGGAGAUUAUGGAUCAGCCCUUACCUUACACCAGAAUCUACAGCAAGUCACACCGAAAAUGGGCAUAACUCUCAGAAAUGCAAAAUUGCUUGAAGCAGAUAAUACAGUCGAAUCUUUUAUAAGCACCUUAGAAAAACAUGCUUCACCAAAACCACAGAUGGUCCUUUUCCUGCUGCCCACUGACAAUAAAGAAAUUUAUGAUGGCAUAAAAAGACACCUCUGUAUCUAUUGCCCAAUUCCAAGCCAGUGCGUGUUGAGAAGGACCUUAGGGAAACCCAGGACGCUGUUGACCAUUGCUACAAAGAUUGCCCAGCAGAUGAACUGCAAGCUGGGAGGUGCCCUCUGGACAGUGGAUAUAGGAUUGCAGAACGCAAUGUUCGUUGGUAUUGAUUGUUUCCACGAUAUUGUACAUCGACAGAAGUCAGUUGCAGGAUUUGUGGCAAGCAUUGAUUCAGACUUGACGCAGUGGUUCUCUCAGUGUAUUGUCCAGCAGUCAGGGCAGGAGCUUGUGAAGGGGCUGACGACCUGCUUGCACAAUGCCCUGAAAUUCUGGUAUGAACAACAUUCAUCUCUGCCAUAUUCUAUUAUUGUGUAUCGAGAUGGAGUGGGAGAUGGACAGCUUCAAGCAUUGAUUGACGAAGAACUAAAACAGAUGGAGUCCUACUUAGAAGAUGUUUGCAGAGGACAAAAUGUCAGACUAACUUUCAUCGUGGUGAAGAAACGAAUAAACACCAGAUUUUUUCUUAAAAAACCUGAAAAUGGAACACUUAAUCCACCUCCAGGAACAGUUAUUGAUUUAGAGGUGACCAGGACAGAGUGGUAUGAUUUUUUUAUUGUAAGCCAGUUUGUGAAAGAAGGUACUGUCUCUCCCACUCAUUAUAAUGUCAUCCAUGACACGCUUUACUUGAGCCCAGAUGCAGUACAGAGUCUAACUUACAAACUAUGCCACAUGUAUUACAAUUUUUCGGGUGUCAUCAGAGUUCCUGCUCCUUGUCAUUAUGCCCAUAAGCUGGCUUACCUGGUGGGCCAGAGUCUUCACCAAGAACCACAUGAAUCCCUGUCAAAACAUCUCUUUUACCUUUAACCUAGAGAAGAAAGCAUAAUGGGAUGUUGAAUACCAAAAUUUGUAAAAUUCUCAUCUUGAAGCUGUAUAUCUGAAAUAUUAGAUGCACAGUUUUAAAUUCUGAUCACUCUUGAUUGGACCAUGGACAAGAUUCAGAGUGAUGUUAAGCUGUCUACCAUUAAUUUAACAGAGGUCUUCCCUUUUCCAGGCAAGAGAAAUGAGAAUAAGGAUUUUGACAAUUUACCUUUCAAAUGUGUUGCAAGGAAUUUAUCAUGAAAUGUGCCUGAAUAAUCUAUGCUCCAAACAAUGCUUAUAUCUAUACCAAUUGUAAAAGUUGGCCAUUAGUUACUUGGAGAAUAUACCUAUGAACAAGAAAAUUCUAUUUAGAAAACCAUACCUACUUUAUUUUGAAACACUUUUCUGAAGGAGAGAAAAGAAAUAAAAGUGGCAAAAUUAAAAGGGAAUUUGUGUUUAAUAUUUCAUAUAAAAGAAAUAACCUAUAUGUGAAAUCGUUUGUACCAAUGUGGGAAUCCGAAUGUGUUUUUAAAGCUGUAUUAAGGAGAACCUUGUGAUUUGAAACUCGGAACCUUAGGAACAUUUGUCUCUUUUCCCAUAAAGAAGGGAAAUCAAGGGAUUUAUUAUCAUUUCUGUUUAAUUCAGUAUCUUGUAUAUGUUCUCUGACAUUGUGUUAGCUAUACCAUAAUCAGAAGAGUCUUGAAUGAGUUGUUUAAAUGAAGCUAUCAUAUUUUUCUUGAAAUCAGACACAUUUUUUCCUCUCUGCUUAUAAUUGUCUUUAAAUAGACUUUAAGGAACAGUAUGUGAAACUUUGUUUUCUUAUACUCCUAAAUACAGUGGUUGGUUGGUUGUGACCUGAAGCAGUUAGGGGGAAUAGACUGGCUUCAAAUAUAUCAGAAAGGAUAUAUUUAAAACAAUAUAACUGCUUUGAUUAUAGGUUAAUCAAUUUAGGUUUGCAAUUUGAACCCAACUCAUAAGACAUAAAAUUAAAACAAGUCACUAAAAUAUA